AUGCCUUUCCAGAAACGUGUACCACCAACCCCUGACUACCAACAAUCAAUCGUAGAACUAGGGCCCAGCAAUCCUGUCGAAGCGGCCAAAAUGGCACAAGAAAUCGAUGGGGUAAAGAAUAAUCCAAACGGUGGUGAUCUUGCAUGGGGAAAUACGUUGAUUCCUGGUGAUUCUUGGUCAGCACAAAAUCCACAAGAUAACCAGUACAACGAAAACAAAAAUGUCUUUUACUAUCCUAAUGCAGCUGCUACGCCUGGAAAUGCAGAAGCUGAUGGUUGGGUUGCAUUGCCGCAAUUGGGAGGAUUUGAUUUGAAGAGGGAUGUGAUUCGUGAUAAUGCAAGUAUGCCAUUUUACAUUACAUCAGAUUACGAUCCAAAAGCGAUCAAAAAAGCAGUUAUAAUCUUUCCGGGUAAAAAUCGUGAUUCAUGGAAAUAUACCAAUUUGAUCAGAAAUGCAUUUGAAGUUGCAUUGAUCAAUCAUCCUGAACUUGGUUUAACAAACGGAACCGUUUUGACAAUUGGACCGGCUGUUUUGAAUCAUUAUGAUACCCAAUUUGGCGCAGCCACACCAGGCGAUAUCACAUGGCACGGAACACAAUGGCAAGGUGGUGAAGGAAGUAAGACGCCCGAAUUAGAUCACAGGAUUUCGUUGUACGAAGUUUUGGAUUACUUCAACGACUGGUUAUUCAACACCACCAACUUUCCCAACUUGAACGCUGUCACGAUUGCUGGACAUUCUAUGGGAGGACAAGCAGUUCAGCGUUAUGCAAUGCUCAAGAAGCAAAAAGUAUACGAUAACAACGUUCAUUAUUGGGUGGGAAAUCCAGGUUCGUACGCUUGGCUUGAGUAUAAUAGACCCGUUGUUAAUGCAACAUGUACACAACACGAUGAUUGGAAAUACGGUAUCGGUGGUAAUACGACAAAGGUGCCAAGAUAUGCACGUAAAGAUGUUGAGACAAAUAAAGCUGCAAUCGUUUCGCGUUACCUUGAACGAAAGGUUCAUUACGGUCUAGCCUUGCUCGAUAAUGGUCCUGGUGACACCCAUUGUGAAGCAGUUAUGCAAGGAGGAAACCAUUUGGACCGUGGAAGUAACUUUGUGCAAUUGUUAGGCAGUAUGCCAGGCGGUUUUCCAGUAAUUUCACAAACGGUUGACUUUAUUGCAAACGUUUCCCAUCAAGAUUAUGCAAUGAUUUCAAACAAUCAAAGCUUAAUUCGUCUUUUCAAAGAAGGUUACGAUCAACGAUUACCGGAUAUCGUUGCUACCAAUCCAGGUGAUAAGCCAAAGAAUACACCAGUUACGCCAGUUGCAACACCACCUCCACGCAAAUUCGCAACACAUUCCAACAAAUUGUUGAGUUAUGUAAUGUUGGGUGGAAGUGUUGGCUUGAUCAUCGUCAUCUUCACCUUGUUGCCGUUCAUAUUCCCGGCCAACAGCGAUCCAUGGGAACAAGAACGAUGGGAGCAAGAUGCCAAACGGCAAUUGUUGUGA